AGUCAGAGAGAGAGAGAGAUCUUUCGUUUUGCCUCCGGAAGAAGCUGACCAAAAAGGAAACGCCUUUUAAGGCCCACGAACUUCCAUCAAGCCGAAAGCUCAGAAGACCCUCCCAACUCCCGUGUCCGGACGCUACAAAGGACGACUGCCCACGUCUCCUGGAUUCUGGCCUUGCUUCUGAUCGGUACCGGGGAGGGGACUGAAGGGUGGUCUGUCUAUCUAUGAAACAGUGAAUCUGAGGCCGUCUUGGUUUCUGGGUCGGGAUGGGCAGUUGGAGAAACCGCCCUCCUCGCAGGAGGAAGUACGACCCCAAUCGUUAUCUUUACCAAGAGAGCGCUCACCCUUCCUACCACGACCAAUCUACUCCAGAUAAUGUGCCUUCAUGGGAGAAGAGAUUUUGUAGACUGGUCGGAACAAUUCCAUGGGGGAAGAUUGUUUAUUCGAAGACACUUCUGAACUACCAUGACAAUAUAUUCCACUGGAAUGAUUCUGCUGCUGAAGAGGCAUUCCAAAAUGCCAAGAAACGGUUUUGGGCAGAGAUCAAUGGCCUCCCUUGUGAUAUCUCUCUGCCUGAUCCAGAUAUUUUUGUGGACGAGAUAAAUUGGAAUCAAGCCAUUGACCCAAAACUUAUUGAGGACAUUGAUAAGCAGUAUUUUAAUCCUGACGAUGUUGAAGAAGGCAAACAGAUGGGGAGUAAAAUAAAAAGGACUGGGAACUUAGUUGGCUCACUAUCUGAUAGAUGCAAUGUUAAUCCAGAAAACAGCGAAAAUUCUUGGGAAAUAAACAAUUUACAUCAUGGUGAGGAUGUGAAGAAUUUGGCAUGGAGCACAAACUCAUGGGAUAAUGAAAUUCGUGAACCAGGACGUCAGCGUAGUGAUGACAAUCCAUGGGAACAAGGCUACUGUCAGGGCAAUAGGGUGAGGAAGGAAAAUGUGUGGGAUGAUGGGGUCAAAUUAUCAGGUUGGAACCAGGGGGGAGGCGAUUCUAAUCGGCAGAACAGUGGGAAUUCUGAGAACAAUGGGAAAUGGGCCAAAACUGCCCUUAACUCGUCAGACUGGAAUGCUGAAAAGUCGAGGAAGUGGGGUUCCAAUCCUGAUGCUAUGGACUAUGGCUAUAUUGGAGAAGAUAGAGCUUCAAAUGGAAGAUGGAGAGAGAAUGUGCCCAUCACUUCAAGAGGUUGGAAACAAUGGGAUGAGCACAAGGAUGAGCGAAAAAGUAGCAGAAGGACCUGGGUUCCCAGAGAUGGAGAGGGCUCACGCAAGAGGGGAAGUUCUCAUCAGCACAUGUCAAGGUACAGGAGCCCUGGGUUCCGCGGGGAUGAUAAGCAAGCCAAUCAAUAUUGGAGCAGCGAAAGAGAUAACAAGAGGGUUAGUCUUGCACUGCAGUAAUCUAUAGCCGGUUUUUUGUGUGGGGUUACUGCUUUUUGAAUCUUAGGUUUCAUGAAGUUGUUUGUAUAGAGAAUCCCAAGUUAGAGGCUCGUGCAAUCAGGAAUUAUAAUCGUUCUUUUUUUUUUUUUUUUGGGGAACAGAGAUUGCACGUCCAAUUUUGAUGGGCUCUUCAAUGACUGAUGGUCUCAUCCAUGUUAUGGUAGUAGAAUUGCUUGUUGAACAGAAAAGUGUCUGUAUACAAUGCCUCAACCUGUUUUUGUUUCAACAGAGGCAAAGAUAUAUAAGCAGGAGUAUCAUUUUCAUCACUGACAAUGUUCCUUGGUUUUGCCC